GGGGCGCGGCGCGCGAGGUUGCGCAGGACUCGAGUGUGGCCCGGCCCGGCGGGCUCGCGGCAGCCGGAGGCCCCUGUAACUGCUGCGGGAGGUACCGCCGCCCUCAUCGGCACGUACGGGGGAAAACGCACUGGGACGGGGGCGUGCACGGAGCAGGAGGGAGCGGUGCGGGGAGAAGGCGGUAGAGGUGGCGACCCCCACCCGUCCGCCUCUCUUCCUUCUCCAGUUCCAGCGUGUACCGGGCGCUCCUAAGGCGGCUAGGCCUGCACCGCCGCCGCUGGCGCAGCGCGGGCCCGGAGAGGGACCUGGGUGGGCCUGAACCCCGACGACCGGCCCCUUAUUGAAGAAUGCGAGACCUAACAGCUCAGGUAACGAGCAGUCUGCUGCAGUUUCCAGAGGUGACUAUUCAAGCACUUGGGGAAGAUGAAAUAACCCUAGAUUCUGUGCUGAGUGGGAAGUUUUCUGGAGGCAGAAAUGGCCUAGCAUGGUUGGCGUGUGGUCCUCAACUUGAGGUAGUGAACUCUAUGACAGGAGAGCGGCUCUCUGCAUACCGUUUCAGUGGAGUAAAUGAACAGCCUCCCACUGUUCGUGUGGUAAAGGAAUUUUCCUGGCAGAAGAGAACUGGCCUACUGGUUGGUUUGGAAGAAGCAGAGGGAAGUGUUCUCUGUCUGUAUGAUCUCGGAAUAUCAAGAGUGGUUAAAGCAGUUGUUCUUCCAGGAAGGGUAACUGCUAUAGAACCAAUAACUAGUCACGGAGGAGCCAGUGUGAGCACUCGGCACUUGCAUCAGAGUCUGCGGUGGCUCUUUGGAGUGGCAGCAGUGGCUACAGAUGUUGGCCAUCUACUUCUAGUUGACCUUUGUUUGGAUGAUUUAUCUUGCAGUCAGAAUGAAAUAGAAGCAUCAGAUCUAGAAGUUGUCACUAGAAUUCCUGCUGAAGUUCCACAAAGAAGAGAAACUGUGACCAGAGAAGGAAGACAUCUGUGUUUUCAAUUACAAAAUCCUUCAGGAACAGCAAUAUCAACUGUGUGCUACAUAAGCAGAAGCAAUCAGCUUGUUGUGGGUUUUUCAGAUGGCUACCUGUCUCUGUGGAAUAUGAAAACUCUGAAGAGGGAACACCACUCUCAGCUUGAAGGAGGAAGGAUUCCUGUCUAUGCUGUUACUUUUCAAGAGCCUGAGAAUGAUCCUCGAAAUUGUUGCUACUUGUGGGCUGUUCAGUCUACACAAGAAAGUGAAGGUGAUGUUGUGAGUUUACAUCUGUUGCAGUUAGCAUUUGGUGACAGAAAGCGCUUGGCAUCAGGACAAGUCAUGUAUGAGGGUUUGGAAUACUGUGAUGAAAGGUACAGUUUAGAUCUCACAGGUGGAAUCUUUCCCUUGAGAGGGACGACCAGCAACACCAAAUUACUCAGCUGUCAGACUGUAGAAAAAUUUCGCAACCACGUUGACAGAGAGGACAGCGUUAAUGAAGUAAUAUCUCCUGACACCAGUGUAUCAAUCUUCAGUUGGCAAGUGAACACCUAUGGUCAGGGAAAACCAUCUACUUACUUGGGUGUGUUUGACAUUAAUCGCUGGUAUCAUGCUCAAAUGCCGGAUUCACUAAGGCCAGAAGAAUUCCUUCAUGAUUGUCCCUAUUUUGCAUUCUGGUCACUGGAUACUGUAAUAAGCAUGACUUCUCCAAGUCUCAUUUUGGAUAUUCUUGUACAUGAGCGGAGUUUAAGUCGAGGAGUUCCUCCUUCUUACCCACCACCUGAGCAGUUUUUUAAUCCAAGCACCUAUAAUUUUGAUGGUACGUGCUUGCUGAACUCGGGAGUUGUUCAUGUGACUUGCACUGGCUUCCAGAAGGAGACCUUGAAUUUUUUGAAGAAAUCUGGUCCUUCGAUAAGUGAAGCUAUUCAUGAUAGCUACAACAGGUGUCUUGUAGCUGGCUUGCUGUCUCCAAGACUAGUUGAUGUCCAGCCAUCCAGCCUCAGUCAGGAGGAGCAGUUAGAAGCAGUAUUGUCAGCUGCUGUCCAGACAGGUUCUUUAGAACUUCUGACUGGAUGCAUUAAACAUUGGACAUCUGAAGAGCAGCCCAGUUCUGCUGCUAAUUUACGGUUUGUUCUUGAGUGGACAUGGAACAAAGUGAUCUAUACAAAAGAUGAAUUUGACCAAAUAUGUGUUCCGCUGUUUGAUGGCUCUUGCAACUUCAUUGACCCACAGACACUACAGUCACUUCAGCACUGCCAGUUGCUUUUGAGCAACCUUAGUACAGUCUUAAACUGUUUUCUGACAGAAGCACAAGAGCUUACUGAAAAAGGUUUUAGAGACUUGACAAACAAGCAGAUGGUAACCAGCCUCAUUUCUUUGUAUGCACAAGUGGUCAUCUGGUUCUGUCGAGCCAAUCUCCUUCCAGAAGGUUUAGAUGACGAUCUGCGUUUGUCCAGACCAUUCUACAAUUAUCCUCUGAUUCAGAACUACUAUACUGGCCAUCGACAGAAACUCGAGCGCUUAUCAAGAGGAAAAUGGGAUUCUGACUGCUUGAUGAUUGAUGGAAUGGUUUCCCAGUUAGGAGACAAAGUUGAGAAACUGUGGCGGAGAGAUGAAGGAGGAACUGGGAAAUACCCACCUGCUAGUUUACAUGCAUUGCUGGAUCUCUAUUUGCUAGAAAACAUUGAAGAAAGCUGCAAACAUGCAAUUACAAUUUACUUGCUGCUAGAUAUCAUGCAUUCCUUUCCAAAUAAAACACAAGCUUCAAUUGACUCCUUCCCAACUGCCUUUGCUAUCCCCUGGGGUCUUGUGAAGCUUAUUCAAGGCUUUUGGCUUCUUGAUCACAAUGAUUAUGAAAAUUCACUGGCCCUGCUCUUUCAUCCAGCUACAAUCAAAACUGUGUCGUGGCAACAUACGAGGAUUAUUCAAUCCCUCAUGUGCCAAGGAGAGCAUAGGCGAGCCCUCAGAUACAUACAGAUGAUGAGGCCAUCAAUGUCGAGCAGUAGUGAAGUGCGGCUUUUCCUCACUGUGUUGUUGUCCAAUAGGUGCAUGGUGGAGGCAUGGGGUUUGUUGCAGCAACAUACCACUAAGUUAAACAUAGAAGAGCUGUUAAAACAUAUGUAUGAAAUCUGUCAGGAGAUGGGACUAAUGGAAGACUUGCUGAAGCUACCUUUCACAGACACUGAACAAGAGUGUUUGGAGAAGUUUUUACAGACCAAUGCUGGCAUCCAGAAUCCUGAAUUUCUUUUAGUCUACCAUCUGCAGCGUGCCAACUACAUCCCAGCACUACAGCUGAAUCGGUCAAUGAAUGUUAAUCUUCUGAAUGAUCGAGAUCCUCACUUGAGAGAGAGAGCAGUUGCCAGAAAUUACAUAUUAGACCAAUACGGCAAGAUCCUUCCUAGAGUUCAGAGGAAGCUGGCGGAAGAGAGAGCCAGGCCUUACCACUUGCCUUCGUCAAUCUUAAGAGAAGUAUCAAGACCAAAGCCAUUAUCAACAGUUACAAAACAAGCUAAAGCAGGAAAUAUGCAUACAAGAUCAACUUUCAUCAGUAAUGUACUUUCCAAAAUUGGAGAAGUAUGGAUAGGAAAUGAGCAGAAAACCAGUGUCUCACAGUAUGAUAGUCCUAGAGCUACAGAGCCACCAGUCCUACCAUCUCCUCUCCUUGAUGCAGAGUUGCGGGAUGCGUUUGUGGGGACACCAGUUACAAAAUCGUCACAGAAAUGUUCCAGAUUGCUGGAUUUGGUGGUUCGUCCUGUUCCUUCAGAUUCUGCAGCACAGGGUGGUAGCUGGCAGUCACCAUGCAGACCUUCUACUUCAUUCAUGGCAUUCAGCCCAUUGAAAUCAAAUAUGUAUUCUUCCAACUCUCAAAAGAAUUUUUCAGGAGCACCAGAGUUGAAUUUGCUACAGACUCCUCUUGUGGUUAAGAGAGCUAAAAUGUUGGCCACAUCUGCUUCUGGUUUUCCUGGGUUUACCCCUCAGUCUAUUCUCAGAUCUAGCCUUCGCACCACACCCCUAGCAACUCCGUCUGCAUCUCCAGGACGAUCAGUUACUCCUCCUCUACGAGCAAAGGAACCUAGAAUAUCUUUCAGGGAAGACAACUCAAAAGCAAAAUGGACUGUUGGGGUAACAGAGUAUGAUAAAGCAUUAUCUGGAGCUUCAUCUGAGCAGCAUCAUGGAGUGGUGGAGGAUUCUUGGUCUGAAAGCAGACAUAAACCAGCUCUGUUUGCUCUGAGCAAUACUGAGGAUGAUCGUGCUGAAAUGGAAGAGUCUUCAGAAAGCAUACCUGGAGAUGGUUUGGGGACAAUGGAUGUCAGCAAAGAAAACAGUAACUUUUCUGUCAGGUCAGACCAAACUACUCUGGAAUAUCAUGAUGCAAAAUCACCUGACGAUUUUGAAGAUGAUGUCAUCUUUAUAGCUGCUAAACCAGCUAAUGCUUCCACUGAACAACCUGCUGAUUUUCAUGAAUUAGAGAAGACAGAAGACAGUGAAAUGGUUGAAGACAAACCUUUCCAGACAGAACAACUAGAUUCAUCAGAACUAGGAAAAGAAGCUGGAUGUGUGGAAGAACCAAAUGCUGAAUGUCUUACCCUUCCAAAGGACAGUCAAUUGGUGUUUAAAGCUGCCGAGGCUGCUACUUUUGGGACUGCAAGUGAAGGCGAAACAAACCACCUGGAGUCCCAGAUGUCCUCUUCAUCAAAAGAAAAGGCCUUACCAAGUGCAACAAACCCACAGCUUUCUGAAUCAGUGGAGGCAGACAAUGAAACUGUGUUAAGUGUCCAUGACGGGGAGGAUGCAGUCAGUGCUCGCUCACAGAAUCGCCUUGAAGGGAAGUGUGUGGAUUUACCUAAAGAAAGUAACCUAGAAGCAGCCAAAUUUGAAGAAGUCACUUCUCCACAGGAAGAAAUAAUGGUUUCUAACAAUCUUCCUAAAACUGAGGAAAUUAAUGUUAUUGAGAGUGCAGUCAAGGCACAAACCUCAGAAGCAGCACCUGAAACAUCGUGCAGUGAGCCCCAUCCAUCAGGCAGUCUUCAAUACAACUAUGAUGCUAUAGAGCAGCAGUUUGCGUGUGAUGUGCCUGAUGCUGGAGAUGGUGAAUGUGAUGCUGCUGAGGGAGAUGCAGAGCUUUUUAUAUCUCAGAGUAGUUUUACUUUAGUCUUGGAAGGAGAAGAAGGUGAAGCAGAGCUGGGAGACCCUACCUUAGCAGAAGCUUCUAAAGCAACUGGCCCAACAGAGGAAAAACCUGUGCACAGUUUAGGAAAUACUGAAAAGCAAGAACAUGCUACAAACUCUGUGUCCACUGUCACUAGUGAUCAGGAAUCUCAAAAUAUUGCAGAGUCACUCCCAUAUGUUCCCGAACCCAUUAAGGUGGCUAUUGCUGAGAACUUACUGGAUAUAAUCAAAGACACAAGAAGUAAAGAAUUUACAUCUGAAGUUGUAGAACAAUCUAUAGGUAAAAAGGUGACUAGAUUCCAGAGGGAAAAAGCAUCCUUAACAAGUGUGCCAGAAGGAUUGGAAGAGGAAACCGGUAGACAUCAAGUAGAGUAUGCCAUCACUCCUAGAACACGCACAAGGGGGCAGCUGAGUAGAAGUGUAAGUAUUCCAUCUGCAGGUGCUCAGCAACUACUGAAGACAGAUGGACCAGUUCUGUUUGCACUGUCUCCCAGGAGAAGUACCAGGAGAACAAAAGAAGCAUCUGAGACAUCUAGUCUCCAAACAGAAGAAAAGGUGCAAGAUGUACAAAUACCUGCGAUGCCUGUUACUCCUAGGAGAGGGAGAAAGCCUAAACAGACUAAUGUAGAAAAAGCAGAAAGCAGCCAUUCUGAUGGACAAACAUUGCCCAUUAGUAUGCAGUCUAUAGCUGUUACUCCAAGAAGAGGAUUAAGGAGGGCAAAGGAAGCUGCAUCUAAACUCUUGGAAGAGGCUGAUGAAAUUUCGUUUGCUGAAGGUAUUACUGCUUCUGGUACUCCCAAAAGGACUAGAGGAGGGAAAAAAGGUUCAUCAGGAGAUCAAGAAACUGGCCAGACUGACACUGAUAAUAAGACAAAAAAGGUAGCCAGCCCCAGCAGAAGUGCAAGAAAACCAAAAAGCAUUAAUUUACAGUUAACUGAAAAUGCGAAGGAUCAAGACGUGCAUCCUAGUGACCAACCCCUUUUACCUGUGCCAACUAAAAGAGGCAGAAGAAAAAAGAUGAAUUCAUCAGAGUUUUCAGAAAAUUCUGACCUUGAUCUGUCUAAGUUAUCUCUUCCUCAAACAGAAUUAAAGCUUCUUGUCACUCCUAGAAGAAGUGCUAGGAAAGGGGCACAAAAUCUCUUGGCAGACACAGAAUCUCUCUCUACUCAGGAAGACAUACAUUCAGGUGGGAAAGUGGAAGUACUUGGUACUCCUAGGAGAACAAGAAGAGUUCCACAUGCUAAACCAGAAAGAACGGACCCUGAUGAACAAACACCUGCACAGCCAAAUGAGGAAUCGGCCACACCUAGGACCACAGUAAGGACAGGACGUCGGGGCAGAAAGGGACAAUCAGUAUUGGAGGAGACCACAGGAGAGGAGGUCCUCCCCCAGGGACCUGAAGGUAGCCCUUUGUUGCUUGAGGUCACGAACCCAUCAGGACACAGUGAAGCAUCAAGAACUUUAACAGAUCGUAUUACAAGAACUAGAUCUCAAAGAACUGCCAUGCAUCAGAAACUGUCUGUUGAGGAAAAUGAGUCUUUCCUUUUCUCUCCUCCUCUUACAAAGCUGACAAAGAAAUUUAAAGCUGGAAAAACAGACCAGGCCGUGCAGCUAAAGGACUUAGACCCAGACUUGUCUUCUCAAUUUGUCUUUUCACCCCCUCUUUUGAGGUCAAGGAGGAAAAAUGUAUCUAGCAAUUCCCAAAUUGUGAAAGAACCAGAGCUUCCAGCUAAAGAGGAGGAGGAUACCAAAUCCACAGAGUCUGUGGGAAAGGGAAAAAUGAAGAGAGGUAGAACUGCAAAAUCAAAAAUGAAGAAAGCAAGCAAAGCCACAAGAAAAGAAGGUUCUUGGUCACCUCCACCAGUGGAAAUAAAAUUAAUCUCUCCCUUUGUAAGUCCAGUGGAUGGAACAAAAAGCAAACAGAAAGAAACUGCAGAUGGGGCAGAGAAGACUCUGCGAAAGAACAAAACCAGACUGACAAAUUUUCCAAAGCCAGUUGUGCGCCGGAAGAUGCUGUAACUGUUUUUAAAGUUUUUAAUGUACACCGCUGUUUGUAAAGUCAUCAGAAUUGUGUGGGUUAGUAAAAAGGGAAGGAAAAAAAACCCAAACCAAACUCAUUUGGGAGAGAUAAUUUAUAUAAAUUAUUGUAAAAUUUCAUAAACAAAUGGUCUUUCAAUAAGUAACUCCAUAUGGAGUGUGAUUUCCUCAGUCAAUGCAGUUUUCUAUUUUAUAUUAAGACUUCAUACAUUUAUAUAAUAUGUAAAUACAGCUUAUUUUAGGAAUGUUAAAUAAAAAUGUAUACUUCACAAUAUGCUUACUGUCUGAUAGCUUUUUGAGGGCAUAAUGGGAUGGCCUGUGUUGCUCAGAAACAUUAAAGUUGGUUUGCCAGAGUUGCUGAGGCCAAAAAAGCUUUUUAAGCUUAGACAAGUUUGCUUGCAGUUCCCAAACCAAGAGAACAUUUAAACCACGCUAGUUUAUAUUUUCUAAGCGUUUGACACUCUGGCACAAGUGCUUGGUCUCGCAGUACAGAGCGGUAGUUU